AAUAGUACCAGUAUAUGGUAUUAGUCAGUUGAUACAGGGCACGCUGUUGGAUGAACAUUGUAUAAAGCACAUGAUGCACAAUUUUGUAAAGGAAGGCUGAACUGAAAACAGUACCGGUACUUGGGAUAGGUCGUUUAGCAGAGGCAGUAAUAUCGUCCGAUAGACAAUAUUCAUUACGGAUAUUCGGAAUCACGAUUGCGUUAGAUUUAUGAUCGUGAAGUGAGUCACGUUGCAGCAGUAUUAACGGCUUAUUAAGAAAGCAAUUUCAUGUACAUACUUCCUGAAUGAGAAGCGGAUCCUGACAGAUCGAACGCAAGGCAGCCCUACAAAAGUGUUGAUGGUCAUUACCAGGCAUAACCGUCUCGCGGUCCGGCAGUUGGCGUCACCGACAAGGUCCUCAUCUUCCAAGUGACUUUCUUCAACACUGACUGUCGCACCAGGAAUCAGCCGGGGUAGAGAGGAUGACUUCCAUUGUGGAACUUCUUGGAGACUCGCUGGUGGACAGACACGGGUAUCAGGCUGACCCCGCGUCGCUGACCAGGGAAGGGGCUGUGGUGGGUCUGUAUUUCGGGGCCCAGUGGUGUCCUCCCUGUCGGCAUUUCACAAAACAGCUUCUGGCAUUCUACAACCACGUGACCUCAACAAAACAAGAUGGCGCCCUCCAGAUCGUGUUUCUCAGUUCGGAUGAAGAGAAAGAAGAUUUCGACGAAUACUUUUCCACCAUGCCGUGGCUAGCGGUGGACUUUAAAGACAGAGAAGCAGAGGCACGUGUGUCCAAACAUUUCAAGAUCGUCGGCCUGCCUACCCUUAUCUUGAUAGAUGGAGCGAGCGGCAAUGUCAUCACGGAUCGCGGGACUUCAUUGAUUCGAGAAGACCCAGAGGCAGAAAGGUUUCCUUGGCGGCAAAACUCAGAGUAAAGACUUUGAUAAGCAGAUACUUCUCUGUUGAUGAACCAUGCUCUGGUGGCUUUUUAUGUCUGUAUUCUGUACCUGCUGACCGUGAAAUAAUGUUGUUGGCAUCAAUA